UGUUGCUUUGGGAUGGGAAGUGAGAAUGCCGAAAGAUAUCCGUGGCCUCCAAGGUUCCUGUCUGGUUAUACCAUGUUCUUUCUCUUACACAACAAACCCACCCAAAGACCCACGUAGAGUUGUGUGGUAUCAGUGGGUCUCUCAUGGUUAUCCUUUAGUUUAUGAUCCAUGGUAUCCAUAUGAUGUCAUUGAGAAAUUUAGAGGAAAAACUGAUUUAUAUGGAACAUUGGGUUGGGAUUGCAGUCUGCUGAUCAAAAACCUGGAACAGUCCCACCAUGGAGAAAAAAUAUAUGCAUGGAUUGACCCUGAAAAUGUUGGACGGAGCACCUACCGAUUUUAUGAUGUCACUUCUACAAUUCUUGUUGAGGCAAGUCCACAGCGGCCCAGCAUUAUUAUUUACGGAGGUGAAAGGACAGGUGACACCAUCACAGUAGCAUGUUCGACUUACCACACAUGUCCAAAAAUACCCCCAGAAAUCAAACUGUACGGUACUCAAGGUAUCGACCAAAUAAAGGAGGAGCAUGUUGAAGAUGGAUUGUGGAAAAUCACCCUGACACGCAAAGGUAUCGUUGAGGCAGAACAAUCGACUAUUAAAUGUUCUGUAAAACAUCAUGGUGUUGAAACAGUGACAGCUACAGAGGACAUAAGAGCACAAUGUGUUCAUCAUAAAAUAGCAAUUGAGCCUGAACUGGCUGAGGUCACAGAGGGAGUUGCAAAGAACUUCACAUGUUCGGUCUAUCACUCCUGCCAGAGAGAGACUCCAACCAUCACAUGGAACUAUGAGAACAUGCAGAUCUCAACACAGAGCAAAACACUCUCUGGUUUAGAUCGGGUCACCAAUUCCAACAUAACCUUUCUGGGUGCAAAAGAAGAACAUGGGAAGAAACUGAUUUGCACAGCAACAUUUUCUGGAGGAAACAUUGAAGCUUCUGUUGUAUUACAUGUGCAGCAGUAUCAAAAACCAAUGAAUCCAUUCCAGAAUGAAACUCAUUUCCAAUAUGAGGCUGAUGUGAUACCCAAGAUCACUGCGCUGCCUCGUUCCUGUGUGGUAAUACCCUGCAGUUUCAAGACGGAAGAAGAAUAUGCCACUCGACUUCGCGUUCUUUGGGUCACCAAAAAAGGGGGCUAUAUGUUCCACACUGACUCACAUGACGUCUUAGACAACUUCAAAGGCCGCACAAGGCUCCUGGGAAACCCGGAGGAGCAGAACUGCACUGUGGAGAUGGAUAAUGUGCAAACUCAUGACAACGGCCCAUUCUGCUUCAGAGCAGAAAAAGAAAACGAGAAAUACGGUUUCAACAACAGUUGUGUGUUCAUUAUAAUGCGGGCUUCUCCUGACAAACCUGUGAUGUCAUCCCUCCCUGAAGACAUCGAUCCCGGGACACGCGUCACCGUCAGUUGCUCAGUCAACCACACGUGCUCCUCUCACCCUCCCAAAAUCAGCUGGAGCGUCCCAACAGCCCGAGAAACUAUCAGCCACAAUCCCAUGGGUGGAGGCGUCUGGGAAACCGUGUCCACUGUGACCUUCAUUCCAACUGGAUACGAAAAGAAAGAUGAAAUUGUCUGCAGUGUCAACUUUUGGGGUGGUAAAACACAGAACAAUACUUCCAUCCUGAGUGUUAAGAGGAUUCAAGAGGUUGGAUUUGGGCCUUACGUCAUUGCUUCUUCACUUCUGUUCAUUCUAAUUUGCAUACUUGCUGGAGUCUUCAUUUAUAAAAGGCGACACAGAUACCAAUCACCCAGAACCAAUGCCUAUUUGAGAGCAGAAUACAAGGCAAACAACACAUAUACAGAGUCAGGAAACAAGCCUUUCUCCAAACCUCAUAUUCCAUCACCUAAGAGUGAGCCGGAAACCAGCCACGGUUAUGAUUAUGAUGAUGACCUAUAUGGAAAUAUCUGAUGAAAAUAUUAGAUCAACAGGACCGUACCCUAGAAGUUAGAACA